GAUCAUUUCGUCUUGUUUGCCCCCUCCUCAACAACAAAACUUUUUCGCAAAUCUCUCACUCGAAGUUUGCGCACUUUGCAAGCUCGAUUUGAUUCCACUCUUCGUCCAACAACUCCAUCCCACUUUCACCACAACACACGCGCCACGCCCUACUACAACCACCAUGGCUGAAGCUCAGUCACAAGUUCCGACUUUCAAACUUGUUCUUGUUGGUGAUGGCGGUACUGGCAAGACAACAUUCGUCAAGCGCCACCUAACUGGCGAAUUUGAGAAGAAGUACAUUGCUACCCUUGGCGUUGAGGUUCACCCACUUGGUUUCACAACGAACCUUGGUCAGAUCCAGUUUGAUGUCUGGGAUACGGCCGGUCAGGAAAAGUUCGGUGGCCUCCGUGAUGGCUACUACAUCAACGGCCAAUGCGGUAUCAUCAUGUUUGACGUGACUUCGCGCAUCACGUACAAGAACGUCCCCAACUGGCACCGCGAUCUCGUCCGCGUCUGCGAAAAUAUCCCUAUUGUUCUUUGCGGCAACAAGGUUGAUGUGAAAGAGCGAAAAGUCAAGGCUAAGACUAUUACUUUCCAUCGCAAGAAGAAUUUGCAGUAUUAUGAUAUUUCUGCAAAAUCCAAUUAUAACUUCGAGAAGCCUUUCCUCUGGCUUGCGAGAAAGUUGGUCGGCAACCAGUCCCUUGAGUUCGUCGCAGCCCCAGCUCUCGCUCCACCAGAGGUGCAGGUCGAUCAAGCCGUCCUCGAGCAAUACCAGAAAGAGAUGGCCGAUGCUGCCCAGAUGCCUUUGCCAGAUGAGGAUGAUGCCGACUUGUAAAUGUGCUCGUCAUGCACGAGUGCCUAGUCGGCGCUCUACGAUACCACUAUUCUUAGCAUGAGCGGCAAAGUGACGAAAAAAAGAAGGACAAGCAACCAUCCCAUUCAGUUGACAGCGUUCGACCUAUUUUAGACUGCUUCACACAUUUGGCAGGGGCUGCGGCACUUCAUGUAGAGGAUUGAAGAAUGAGCCACGAGAUCAGGAUUGGUUGGGCAAAGCGAACCGAAUGCAAUUAGAUAGGCUGAGAGAUUAAUCUCUUCAUCAGCAUACCCAAAUAUCAGUGCUAGUUGGCCCACUUCACGUCGUCAUGCAAAAUGUCAUCUAUCUCGUUUGGUAUUCGACUAAGA